AAUUGAAGAUCUUAGAAGAAGAAUGGGAAAGGGAAGGCUGAUCAUUGAUGACUGAUGCAUGGAGUGACAUGAAAAGAAGAAGCAUAAUGAAUCUGUGUGUUAACUCAAGAGGUGGUACAUGCUUUCUAUCAUCAAAGGAUACAUCGAAAGAUUCUCACACUGGUGAGUUUAUCUUUAACUAUAUUGAUCAAUGCAUUGAAGAUAUAGGAGCUGAUAAGAUUGUGCAAGUUGUUACUGAUAAUGCGACCAACAACGUUGCUGCCGCAAAGAUGCUUAAGCAGAAGAGACCGAGAAUAUUCUGGACUGGUUGUGCUGCCCACACAGUUGACUUGAUGCUUGAAGGGAUUUCGAAGUUGUCUGGUUUUGCUAGAAUAAUAGAUCAAGCGAAGGCUGUCACCAUCUUUAUAUAUGCGCAUCAUAAGACCUUAUCUAUGAUGAGAGCAUAUGCAAAGAGAGACAUUGUGCGGCCAGGUGCAACAAGGUUUGCGACUUGCUUCUUGACACUGCAUAGUUUGUACGAGAAGAAGGCACACUUGAAGAAUAUGUUUGGAAGUGACGAGUGGCAUGAUUGCAAGCAUUCAAAGUGUGUGAAAGGUAAAAAUGCGAGUGAUAUUGUGAUGUCUUACUCAUUCUGGAAUAGUGUGAUGGUUAUUCUGAAGGUCUUCAGCCCUCUUGUGAAAGUUCUAAGGUUGGCGGAUGGGGAAAAGGUUCCAUCUCUUGGGUUUAUUUUUGGUGAGAUCUUAGAAGCUAAGAAAUCUAUCAAGGAAGCUUUUGAUCACUUGGAGAAGAAUUACCUCCCUGUUUUUCGCAUCAUUGAUGAGAAAAUGAAAGGUAGAUUGGAUACUCCAUUGCAUAUGGCUGCCUACUUCCUCAAUCCGUUUUAUUUUUAUAAAGAACCGAAUAUCCAACUUGACGUGGAGGUCAUGGAAGGAUUCCUUACUUGUGUUGAGACUUUCUAUCAUGGAGACUUUGUAAAGCAAGAUUUAUGUGUGAAUCAAGAAGUUAGUCUAUAUAAGAACAAAAGUGGUUCUUUUGGUAGAGCCUUGGCACUAAAAGGAUGUGAAACAAAAGAUGACAAAUUUGAUCUAGGGAAUUGGUGGGCAACGUAUGGAUGUGGUGCACCUACUCUACAAAGGUUGGCAACAAGGAUACUUGCUUUGACAUCUAGUUCUUCAGGAUGUGAGAGAAAUUGGAGUAGCUUUGAAGGGAUCCACACAAAGAGAAGAAAUAGACUAGGUGUCAAUCGCUUGAACAGUCUAGUGUAUGUUCAUUUCAAUGCAAGGCUACUUAACAAGCAGAAAAAAAUCAGAGAGAAAAACGCGGAUGUGAUAUUUGAUGAUGGCAAUGAAGAUACUGUUGAAGAUUGGCUUGUGGAACGUGUGGAAGAACCAGAUAGUGAUGUUAAUUUUCUGAUUGGAAUCCAAGCUCCAAGGGUAAGAGAUUUAUAUGAUGAUGACUUUGAAUCUGAAGAAGAAGAAGAUAUUGUUGACAUGGAGUUUGAACCUGAUGUCUUCCAAGACAUUUUACUGUUUCCGGAGGCACAAGUUGCUUCGUAAGGUGUAACGUACAAGAUAUUCUAACACAUCUUUCUACUACACGGUGAUAACUUGAUCUUUGAAGAUUAGAACUAACUUUUUGUAUAUUCUUAAGAUCAAGACAAUAUCUCUUUGGUGUAUCCCGUGUAUAGAAAUUAGCUUUUGUUUUUCGAACUCGAUGUGUAUUAGAAGAAAUUUCAAUAUAUUUUGGAGUAUAAGUUUUAUGUUAUAAAUUAUAAUAUAUAAGCUUUAUGUUAUAAAUUUAUGAAUUAAUAUAUAUUAAUUAUUAAAAAUUACUCCCCGAUUAAUCUCCGAUUAAUUACCGCUUUUUUGAAAACUCGCUAGGCCCGACGUCGCCGCCCGACUCGCGCCUAGCGCAAUUUCGAACAUGGGGUUUUUCUAUUAGAUCAAGACACACAAACUUUUGGAGAGAGACUAUUAGAGGAUGCAGACUUCAUUACACUUGUUGAGAGAGAGCUUAGGAUUGGAGAGAGAGAUCUGAAUAUCAUACGAGAGAAAAUCUUGAACUCCUUUGUUUUUUUCUCUACUUUGUUUGAUUUUCAUUUUAUUAUAUUGCAAUAUUAUUCAGACCAUCAUAAUGUUUCUUAUGAAUAUUUCUGAGUAGUCUUAUUGUUAGAUUUAAGUUUCUUCAAAGGUUGAUCUAUAUAUUGCUGAAAUGAAUUAUUGUUAGGGAAUUAAAAUAGUUCUUGAUCUAGUUAUUCUUAUUGCUAAGUCUAGGCUUGAUCACCCUAAACUUAGAUCUUAUAAUUUAUUGGCGCAAACGGAAGCUUGGUCUGUUACCUGAAACCAAACUAGUAUGAUCUAAUUAACUAGGCACACACAAAAGUUGGUCUAGGCAAUUAGAGAACACGUAACCCAUUCACAAAAGCUUGCUAGAAGAAAUAUCGAUCGAUACACCUUUCGGUGUAUCGAUCCGCAUUUUGAAAGGUGUAUAGAUCGACACUUUCUAAAGAUUAACAAACGAAAGUUGAAAUCUUAGUUCUAGACAUUAUAUAAUCUAAACAAACGGAAGUUGAUAUAUAAUAACUUAAGUUUUGAGUUCGAGAACAACUAAUAUUCAUAAAUCCCUAAUAAACCAUAAGAUAUCAUAGUUAUCAUACCUGAGAAUUUAUUUGAGUCUAGCUAUUUUUCCUCAUUUGUUCACAACCUCAAUCAACCAUCCCAACAACUACUUUGUUUACUAAACUUUCACUUUAUUUACUGUUUACAACAUUUCCAUCUAGCUUUACUUUGAAAACUAUAAAAUCUAUUGUGUAAUUCUAGAGUCUCUGUCGAUUCGAUUCCUAAGUAUUAGAGUUGAACUUUUUAUUUGAGAGAGUAAAGCCACUCCUUAGGUAAUUUGGUGAUAUCAUUGGGAAUACUUUCGUCUAGCGGAUUAUAUACUUCCGACGCGGUCACCUGUGAGAACUGGAUCUAUUUUGUCCUAUGUUCUAUUUUUUGCUUGCUUCAAUCAAAAUCUCGAUCAGCUUUUUGUUGGUUUAUCUAAUUCAAAGGAUAUGCUCUGACUCUUUUCCUCCGAAAUUAGUUUUGAGCCGCUUAAUUUUUGUUGGAAAAUCGACAAGGUAAAGCUUUCUUGUUUAUAAAGGAUGAAGUUGAAGAUGGAUUAAUCUCAGUCGUUUAGAAAUUUAUUCAGAAGACUUUCAGAUGGAUUGAGCAAUCUUUGUGUCAUUAUCUGGAGAAGCAAGAUUCCAAACAUUUUGCGACAGAGAGAGGCGAAAGAGUAUUGUAGCGGGUACGUACAAAUCAAAUAGGGACGAGGUGAUGCAGAGCAGUUAAAGAUAUCAUCAGAGAUUAUGGUCAGAAAGCUAAACGCCGGUGAAGCCAAACCAAUUCUGAUAUGCAUGCCUUAUCUUUGAUACGUAGCCUGUGUUGAAUUAUAUCCACGUGUUAUUAUCUUCACACGCGUUUAAAUACUCAUUUGUACGCAUUCUCAUGUUUUAAGCUUUAAUUAAAAGAAAUGCUGAAAAAAAUUGAUUCAUCAAGUUCUCUUUUUUCGUUCUCAUCGGAGAACAUGUGAUAUUUUCUGUCUUUCUGUUUCUUUACUAAUAUUAGCGUCGCCUCCAAUCACUUUUUCCAUUAAAAUUCUUAUUUAAUUUUUCCAUCCUAAGCAACUUAACUGUUCCAACUCCCUCUAUUGAUCACCUUAUAUAAACAUAAUCCGAUUAUCUUAUUAAUUUAAACCCAUUUGAAAACAUUGCUUUUCGAUUCCUAAUUUGCAUGUACUUUUUGCAGGAAGAGAUUGUAAUGGCAGUCACUGAGUAUCCAAACGCUGGAUGGAAAGUUGCUUUCAGUAAUAGCUUUGCUAACGCCACUACGAGUUCAUUAUUACCACCAUCACCUUAACGGGCAAAUUUCAUAGCCAGAUUCAGGGAUGUGAAAGAUGAGUGGAGUCCGGAGACGGAUGAGAGAGUAUCGGUUGUAUUGGUGGUGGAUGAAGCAAUAGAACCGUCAAGGAGAUGGAUGUUUCGAAGCGAUGGUUGGCGGAGCUGUCGUACUGCACAUAUGAGGGUUUGAGCGCAUCAGGCAAUACGAGAGCUGAAAUCAAAGAUCAAAUCGCGCAACUUAAGUCGAAUCUACUAGGCUUCGACCGAAGCUUUCUUCCUCUCAAUAAAAAAUACAUUCUCGCUUAAGUUUUCUGCUCGAAUCUCUAUCAUGUGUUUUGCUGAUUUAUGUCUGAUUGUGAAUUUGUCUUUUUGAAAUGAAGCUUGUGGCUCUUUUUGACU